AUGGCGGGCCCCGCCCCUCUCUUUCUCUACUUGGACUGUCCCACCAAUGGCAGCAUCAAAAUCAAUUUUGAUGCAGCUCUACCUCCUGGUAAGCCGUUUUAUGCGUGUGCUACGGUGGCGAGGAAUCAGGAUCGUCAAUGUCUUGGUUGGGCUAUUCGCCACUUUCCAGGGAAGCCAACACCCACUGAUUGUGAAGCCCACGCAGCUCUAGUAUCCAUGGUCUGGGCUCGGAGACAAGAAUGGGACAAUAUCAUUUUGGAGGGAGAUAACCUCACAGUCAUAAACUUUCUCAAGAACAAAGAGAACACUUCAGCUUCGUUUGGCGCAUUCAUCGAAGAAUGUAUUUCGAUUUCUUCUUCGUUUUCUAGUUGCAUCUUUUCUUUUAUUAAUCGUAAGGGCAAUGCUUUAGCUCACUCUUUUGCCACGAACCUUAGUUAUUCAUGUAAUGAGGGUAUUUACAUUCCCUCAGACUUAGGGCAUUCAGCCUAA